AUGUCGACCCCCGAGCGUCGUAGUGCGGCGAGGGGUGGGAGAACUGUAGGAUCUGAAUGUGCCCACACUGCGAUAAGAGAAUUUUGUGCAGGAAUCACAAGUAGACCCGAUAGUGGCUUCUCCGAUCAAAAUACGCCUCUGUCGGACACAAUGGCAUUCAGCAACGUUGUCAGGGACCCUGCUGAUACCAGUUUGGUUGACUCCAUGUUUCAAUCAUCCCCCGCAGGAUUUCGGCCACCCAUCGCCAGAUCGUCGAACCAGGAGUCACCCAAGCCGUGGUGCCCACUGUUUCGCUUAAUUGAGCCCCAACCAAUGGCAUUGCGCGGAGCCACACCAAUCCGCACUUUCCGCCCGCGAUCCGCGCCCUUGGCAGUCGAGGGGUUCUCUCUGCCGGAGGAAGACGAGGAGGAGGAGGAGGAGGAAGAAAGUCGCAGCGGAAGUGAUGAGAGACCCCCGGAGGUCGCUGGAGCGGAACUACCACAAACAUCGACUGGUCAUCGUGACGCCUCACCUCCACCUCCAGCCGUUUUUAUUCCACGUGAUCAAAGACAAGCCAGGGGCAUGUUUGCUUUUGUUUGCCAAGCUUCUUUGUUCGACCUGCGUCGACGACUUCGCCGUAGUUCGGUCAGACACCAGGCAAUCGACCUUAGAUCGGUAGCGACCCAGACCCCGCCAAGGUGGACGCCACCAGGACCACCCGCGGCCAAUAGCGUCACAAUCGCGUACCCCCUCCCCACAGCGCACCCACGGCGGCGUCUACUCGUCGUCAGACCGCAGUCUGCGCCGCUGUACGAGGAGGGUGAGGCGGAGUGGCGACACCAACUGCUUCGCUCCUCCGUCUGUUGUUGCUGCCGGUGUUGCAGCCGUUGCCAUCACAAUCGCGCGCAGCAUCGUCCCUUGCCUCUGGCGAACUCGUCGUCCAUAUUUGGGGAGGAAUUUUUCGGUGAGUCAUCGCUUCUUCGUGGUUGCCUAACGCUAAGAAGCGAGGCGCAUUUACCGGAGGACGUCGCAGGUUCCUCCUGUAUGCCGGACGUAGUCCCAAUGCAGGGCGCUGCAGGAAGCAGCGAUGACAUCUCGUCCAGCGAGCAGCCAGACGAUGUCUUUGUUUUCCCAGAAUCCUCCCAGAUUCAAAGGCCCGCUUUCGUCCGGCUUCGCUCGGCUUCUGCUCCCAUCGAUGAUAACGGCGAUUUGGUUACCAAUGAUCCAAGUGGAGAAGACUAUGCACCACGGUUGCGCCGUCACAUGCGCCGACGAUUACGUCGUCAUUCCUAUCAUUACGAAAACCUGGCAAGCAUUGCGCAACGCAUGGCGGACGCGGGUGAUGCCUUUGACCUUGAACAUCGUCUAAGCAUUAGCAGUGCCACUUCUAGGUUCUUUGUUCGAGAUCCCAAACUUGGUUUUCGUGAAGAAUCUGUCGACCGUUCUAGCCAGGUGGUACUUAACUCCCAGAACCAGGAUGGAUUUGGUCGUCCUCUCCAAAACCGGAAUGGUCAAUCCCUCAUCCCCACACAUUAUUCGGCGAGUUUACGGGGCUUAUGGGGCCAGUCCAUUCCUCAAAAAUUCUUCGUCACCACAAAUUACAUAGGAACGCAGCGUCGGAAUUUUGAACACAUCAGGAACUACAACAAGAAGGAUCUUAAAAAAGUCCUGAGAGCUCCGGCGGCGAAGCGUAUUUUGAAGAACUACAAGCACUUUAAGGAUAACCCACAGGAGCCCAAACCUUCUCAGAUGACGCCGCUAUGCGAAGUCCUAAGGGCAGUGCAGCUGCAAGAUAUGGAGGACGAUUUGAGGAACAAAUUGUACAUAACCAGACUUGAGCAUUUCAGGUAUGCCUCCGUCAAAAAUCUCACUGUUAUAAUGCCGGAGGGAGCAGCCAAGCGUCUCUACAAGGCGUACAAGGCAGAAGAACAAGCCUUAUCAACUUCUUCGGCGAAAGUACUAGCUGGCAUUUUUCGUUUUCCCCGUCAACCCAACCAGCCAGCAACCCCACGGGUGAGCAUUAGCAAACCCUACGACCCUCAACAUCUCGCUCACAUGGAUAUUCCUGACUCUGCCAGCAGUAUUAUGUUUAAAUCAAAUCCCCUGGAAACUCCGGACGCGCCUACAAUCGAUCCUCCACAAGUCCCCUCCAAUUCGCCGGUCAAUUUCCAAGGCCUCCACCAAGAAAAGGUGAUGGUGCGCGAGGCAAUCCCACCAAAUCACCCACUAAUAGCUGAUCUUUCAAUCCAACCAACAGCACCUCCCUUGGUCUACAUUUCUGAGCCACCAUCUCCAUCUGGCGAUUGGGUCUUCCUUGGUGGCCCGGAGAGUUGGUUUGACGAGAUGGACGAUGACAACUGCCCAGAGAAAUCAUCCCCGAACAAAUCUGUGCAAGUAUCCUUGGGUGAGGAAUGUCGCGAAAAUGAGUCUGAAAGGCCCUCUUCAGGUCCAGAGGAGACACCAGCGAUGGACGAAGACUGCCCCGCACCAAUACCAGCCUAUUUUGAAUGCGUUCGAGGUGGUCAGGCCUGGGUUUUUGAUGGCGAAACCCCUGAAAUCACCAAGGACCACAUUGAGGGCGUUCGAUCUCUGCACAACAAAGACACCCCAGAUGACGACAUAAUCGAAGCCAUCAAGUUUGUUGUGGCGGUCCAGAGCUACUGCCCGACCUACUUCGAGCGUCCACCACCCGAGUGCAAAUCGACCACGAUCUCAAACUGGCACAUCAACGCCGCCUCGCAGGCCCUCCUACUCAAACGCCUCUACGCUCUGGCGGCCGACAGCGACUUUGAGACCUGCCUCAACGCCCUGCGCCAGGCCGACUGGGACAUUUUCAUCGCCACCUUCCAAGUCCUUCCUCAAGCUUUCCAGUCAUAA